AGGUUUUGUAUGCAAGGGGCCUGGACAUGCAGCAGGUAUGUGUGAGCAUGUUAGAUGGAAGUGAAUGAAGGCAAAUGAUUUUUAGGACCUGACGAGCUUGAUGCAGUGGGAACAUGGUAAUGUUUUGUGAAGGGAUUCAGAGAAACUGGUUAGCCAGAUUUGAGUCCUGAAGGUGGGAAGUACAAUGCACUGCACUUUGAAGGAAGGGUUUGGGAUAUUGGCUGGGCACCACUGUAAAAGACUGAUUAUGUGUGAAUGAUAGUGAAAGUGUUGAAUGAUGGUGAAAGUGUUUCUUUUUUGGGUCUCCUUGCCUUGGUGGAAGAUGGCCAGCAUGUUGAAAAAAAAAUACUAAUAUAUUUAAAAAUUCAGUGCAUUAGCAGAUAUUUUUAAUACAGUAUUGUAGAUUUCUUGUAAAAUCUACAUACCUGUACGUAACUUGAGUAAUAGUCUUGGAUCAAAAACAAUGGAUUGUUUGGUUUGAGUGUUGACUACCUGAAAAAUGCAAAUAUAAAAUAUACAGACUGACUAAUGUUAUUCUUCUCGUUCAGUAUAAUUAUCUUGCAUCUUAUAAUUACUGAAGUGUAACAUGUCAUGUGCUUUUUCUUGUAAUGGAAACUUGAGCUGUCUGUCAGUGUUAUAACCUAUGACAGUUAAAGUUUGUUUUUCUGCUGUUAAAUGUACAAACUAUGAGCUGGUAGUUGUAUAUUGUCAGAAUUAUAAAAAAUUCUCAGAAUAUUUCAAAUGUUGGUAGGGGGGUAGGAAGUGCCUUGAUGCUGGUAAAAACUCCUGAUCUGAGGAUUGAAACUACCCUCACCUUCCUUAGAUCAAACCUGUUUGUCUCCCUCUUCUCAGACACUGUAUGAAUCUUAUACUUUUAGUGUUUUCCCAUGAAAAUAAAAAUUAUAUUCUCCUGAUAUGGGUCAUACUUUUGUGAUAACCCACACAGUGGAACUUUUGGUCAUUUGACUUAAACUGCUUGCUGGCUUAGUAAAGAUCACAUCACAUGAUGUGAUGGUAAACUUUGCACCCCAUGUAAUACAGCAAUCACCAUGCAGUAGUAUCCUAGAGGUUGCUGUUAUUGUACCUUAACUUAUUUCAAAGCGUUGCUUUGCCUAUUGCAUGUUGUCAAUCCCCAAGCAUUCUCUCCACAACAGAUGACUAAUGCCCAAGUACUUCUUUACUGCUACAUUAACAUAGGAAGCAGGUGUAUCUUAAGUUCAUCAUUAAAGCAACUUGAUUCCCACAGGUCAUGGUGCAGAUGUUAAAUGUGUUGAUUGGCAUCCAUCUAAAAGUUUGCUGGCAUCUGGGAGUAAAGACAACCAACAACCAAUCAAACUCUGGGAUCCUCGCUCUGGUCAGCCUUUGGCAAAGCUACAUGCUCACAAAAGCACAGUGAUGGACUUGAAAUGGAAUGCCAAUGGGAACUGGCUGUGCUCAGCAUCCAGAGAUCAUCUCUUGAAGCUGUUUGAUAUCCGUAAUCUGUCCACAGAAUUUCAGGUGUUUCGUGGUCACAAAAAAGAAGCUUCGUGUAUUGGCUGGCACCCUCAUCAUGAGGGUCUGUUUGCUAGUGGAGGCUCUGAUGGCUCCAUAUUGUUCUGGCAUGUUGGGAAUGAUAAGGAAAUUGGAGCCAUUGAAGCUGCCCAUGAUGGCAUCAUUUGGGAUCUGGCAUGGCACCCACUUGGCCACAUUCUCUGCUCAGGCUCCAAUGAUCACACUUCAAAAUUCUGGACAAGAAAUCGGCCUGGUGACAAAAUGAGAGACAAGUACAACCUGAACACGUUGCCUGCUGGAGUACUUGCUGAUGACUCUAUGGAUAUUGAUGAUAUUCCUAUCGGCUCUGGCUUAACCCCUCAAGGAAUUAUUCCUGGUAUGGGUCCUGAAGACAAGGUAGAAGAAGCGGAGUCCACUGGGCCAGAGACUAUUCCUGGUCUGGACUUUGACAGUUCUGGAUUUGAUAGGUGUUCAAAGGAGGAAUACUGCCUCUCAUCUAACGACGGUUCCCAUUCCGACAGGAACACGUCGGUGAAAAUGAAAUCACUGCAUGGAUGUGAUCCUUGUGUUGCUGUAGAUGGAUGUGAUCCUUGUGUUGCUGUAGAUGGAUGUGAUCCUUGUGUUGCUGUAGAUGGCUGUGAUCCUUGUGUUGCUGUAGAUGGCUGUGAUCCUUGUGUUGAAAUAGAUGGAUGUGAUCCUUGUGUUGCUGUAGAUGGAUGUGAUCCUUGUGUUGCUGUAGAUGGCUGUGAUCCUUGUGUUGCUGUAGAUGGAUGUGAUCCUUGUGUUGCUGUAGAUGGAUGUGAUCCUUGUGUUGCUGUAGAUGGAUGUGAUCCUUGUGUUGCUGUAGAUGGCUGUGAUCCUUGUGUUGCUGUAGAUGGCUGUGAUCCUUGUGUUGCUGUAGAUGGAUAUGGAUGUGAUCCUUGUGUUGCUGUAGAUGGCUGUGAUCCUUGUGCUGCUGUAGAUGGCUGUGAUCCUUGUGCUGCUGUAGAUGGCUGUGAUCCUUGUGUUGCUGUAGAUGGCUGUGAUCCUUGUGUUGCUGUAGAUGGAUGUGAUCCUUGUGUUGCUGUAGAUGGAUGUGAUCCUUGUGUUGCUGUAGAUGGCUGUGAUCCUUGUGCUGCUGUAGAUGGCUGUGAUCCUUGUGCUGCUGUAGAUGGCUGUGAUCCUUGUGUUGCUGUAGAUGGCUGUGAUCCUUGUGUUGCUGUAGAUGGCUGUGAUCCUUGUGUUGCUGUAGAUGGCUGUGAUCCUUGUGUUGCUGUAGAUGGAUGUGAUCCUUGUGUUGCUGUAGAUGGAUGUGAUCCUUGUGUUGCUGUAGAUGGCUGUGAUCCUUGUGUUGCUGUAGAUAGCUGUCAUUCUUGUGUUGCUGUAGAAGGCUGUGAUCCUUGUGUUACUGUAGAUGGAUGUGAUCCUUGUGUUGCUGUAGAUGGCUGUGAUCCUUGUGUUGCUGUAGAUGUCUGUGAUCCUUGUGUUGCUGUAGAUGGAUGUGAUCCUUGUGUUGCUGUAGAUGGCUGUGAUCCUUGUGCUGCUGUAGAUGGAUGUGAUCCUUGUGCUGCUGUAGAUGGAUGUGAUCCUUGUGUUGCUGUAGAUGGAUAUGGAUGUGAUCCUUGUGCUGCUGUAGAUGGAUGUGAUCCUUGUGUUGCUGUAGAUGGAUGUGAUCCUUGUGUUGCUGUAGAUGGAUGUGAUCCUUGUGUUGCUGUAAAUGGCUGUGAUCCUUGUGUUGAUCUGGAUGGUUGUGAUUCAUGUGAUGAUCUGGAUGGUUGUGAUUCAUGUGAUGAUCUGGAUGGUUGUGAUUCAUGUGAUGAUCUGGAUGGUUGUGAUUCAUGUGAUGAUCUGGAUGGUUGUGAUUCAUGUGAUGAUCUGGAUGGUUGUGAUUCUUCUGUUGAUGUGGACGGCCAUGGUUCUUGUGUUGAUGUGGACUCAGAGUUGUCAGUGCAAGGAGAAUUGGUCUUUAUUUUCUAUAUAUCACUUUUUGUUUAUUGUUACUCUAGCUUCUGCACCUUUUUCAAGACAUGUAAUAAUUAUAUUUUUCUGCAACAGACUAGCUGGGUGGUGACUGACAGUGCAGCCUUGUUCAGCUUGCCAGCCAACAUUGAGGGAGAAAUGGUGUACACAGAUGAUGGGGAUGAGCUGCCUCCAGGCUCUGUUCCACUUAACACCAUUAAGGCAAACUCUAUUCUCUAUUGUGGUUUUCUAAUACCACUUGAAAAAGUGGCAGGUGAUGUUAUUCAGAAUGCCUUUACUACAAUGGAGGAGGAAGAGGCCAUAGCAGAAAUAACGGGUGACUAUGAAUUUGCUAGAAAACUCAUAAAGGAGAAGAAUCAACUCCUUAAUCCUAGUGCUAACAGUGAAGAGUCUACAGAGAAAAAGAGUGGAGGAUUCCAGGGUCAGUUUGGCGAACAGAACACUCAGAACACUAACACCAGUAGCAAUAGCAAUAACAAUAACAAUAACUUCCAACCUGGCCCUCGCAACUUCAACACUUCAAGAGGAAACUUCAGAGGCCAUUCUGAUGCAGGAUUUACCCGUGGAGGACAACGAGGAAAUUGGUCUCAUAGAGGAAGUUCUAGAGCUGGCUUUGGUUCAGGAAUGAGCGGAUCAAGAUUCACAAAUGAACAUGGUGAUCAAACCUUUGAAAACGAUUGGGGUUAUGAAAACCAAAAUAAUGGUGAUAGCAAUAUUAAUAAUGAUGGUGGAGAAAGAGGUAACAUGGAGGACAGAGGCCAAAGCUGGGUUCGAGGUCGUAGUAGAGGAAGAGGUAGAGGAGGCUUUAAGGACUUUGGAAACUUUGAUGAGGAUGAACGUGGAAACUGGAGUAGACCUAAUCACUGGCGAGGAAGAGGAGGAAUGCAAGGAGGCGGCUUGGAUGAUAGUCCAGGAGGUAGGGGAGGAGGAGUGGGAGGAAUGGGAAUAGAUCAUGGUGGUGGUGGUGGGGGUGGAGAUAGAGGUGGAGGUAGGGGUGUGGACAGGGGUGGGAGUGGUAGCAAUUGGCAUACUGAUGAUAGCUCAUGGAAUGGUAAAGGUGGAAACUUUAAUAAUAACCAGGAAGGAGGGUGGGACAAUGAAGAAGGAAAUUUUGGUGGUCAUGGUGGACGGGGAAGCUCUUGGAGAGGACGUGGAAGAUCAUUUAGAGGAGGGGAUUUCCAGUUUGGAGGAAGGGGUGGAAGGGGAGAUUUCCAAAGAGGAAGAAGUAGAGGAGGUGACUUUCAACGAGGGCGGAGUAGGGGAGGAAAGUCAUGGGGAAAAGGCAGAGGUGAGGGUAGCAGCGGUGGUUGGGACAACUUCCAGUAAUAUAUUUUUUUCGUGCACUGGGUGUCUAGUUCAUAAGUUCAUAUGAGGAAUUAUGGUGUUCAGGUUUGUUGAUACAUUGGUAGCUUCCUUGGUGAUCAGUUUACUUUUCCCAUUUAUUUAUAUAUUAAUAUUGAGAAAGUUAUAGUGUAUGUUUCACUUUACAGACAGCUACUGGUAUCUGUAUAUAUUUAUAUAUAUUUUUUGUACAGUAUUUUGCAGUAAUUCAGGGUUAUAUUACUCUUUGGCAAAUUUUUUCAUAAAUAAUUUUAAUAUAGUUGUACAACAAUUUGAAUUAACCUUUGAAUUUAAAAUUUUGUGAAUAAGGACAAUUUGAGAAACUCACUUGCUUGUCACAAAAGAAUCAACAUUCCUGCAUCACCAAUGUGGUUCACUCAUUUGAUUAUAUCUAUUUUAUCAUACAUCAUCCUCAUCAUUAUUUUUAUCAUUAUCAUCACCAUCAUCAUCAGAGGAGAUAUGUACAAAUUCUACACAUCCAUCAUACUUCAGACUUGUCCAGAUGAGUAUGAUCAUACCAUUCAUUAUUCAGUAGGUUUUUAGUGCAUCAGAUCAUUUUCAGUGUCAAGUUUGUAUUAGAGUGGGUGGAAGGAAUCAUGAUUACUGGAACAGGGAACACCUGCUGCCCAGGGCCAUAAUGCUUUAUCAUUAGCUCAAACAUGUCUCGGGCAAAAAAUGCUGAAAGUCCCACAUCUUUUUAGAAUUUCUUUGUGAAUAUAAUAAUAAUAAUUAUAAUACUGUAAUAAAGUUGGUAGAAUUACCGACAAUAUGUAAAGUCAAAGGACACAAGUGCAACUAAUGUGACAUUUAUUGUGGCAACGUUUCGCUCUCCAGGAGCUUUAUCAAGCCAUUACAAACAAUACUUGGACACAGAGGGCCUUUAUAUACCCUCUGUGUCCAUGUAUUGUUUGUAAUGGCUUGAUAAAGCUCCUGGAGAGCGAAACGUUGCCACAAUAAAUGUCACAUUAGUUGCACUUGUGUCCUUUUAAUUAUAAUACUCUCUAAAAAAAAGUUGGUUAUACUUGCAUCUGAAAAAUGAAUGAAUUUAUAAGAUGUAAAUGUAAAUUCUGUUGAAAAGAAAACACAAGAAGCACAUUGUCUUAAAAAAAACAAGUCCAGACAGAAACUUAACUAACUGGAGUCCUUGAUGUGUCUACUUUGCAAUAAUAUCUCAACACCUGUUUUUGUGCACAAGACUAGAUUCAAGAUUAGAUUCCAACUAGAGUACUGGUUUUAUAAUAGUAGACAAUAGUUUAUGAAAGCAGCCAGUCUUCAUUUUUGUUGGUUGCAUGUGGCCUUGUCAAUUUUGAUAUUAUCUUUGGAAAAAUACCAUCUUCAUUAGCCAAUACUAUAUAUUAAUAUGUUUACAUAAUGCUUCAGCAUUCUGGCCUGUUGUAUUUCCAAUUUGUAUGACUUGUGUUGUCAAAAAAAUUAUUUGUUUAAUAAACAUUUGCCAUUCA